UAGAGUCUUGUUAAGUUUUCGUUUUACUUUUUGCUGCUGAAUUUUCUCGAAGCAAAACUGUUGCAGAAAAUACAGAAAAUGUCAGAGAACAACGAUUGUCCCAAGCAGGAAAUGCAGGAGAACAAACAAGAGAAUAUUCCAAGCCAGGAAGUGCAGGAAAACCAACCAGAGAAUACUCAAAUCCCAGAGUUACCCAUAGAGAACGAGGAGUCUCCCAUGCGGGACAACAAUCAGGCCGAGAAAAAAACAAAAUUGGUCAACAAGAAGAUAAAAAAGCUCAAGUCCAUGAGGCGCCGCACCUUGGUGGCCUGCCGCACCAUGAACAAAAUGUUGAAGCGCCUGAAACGCAAUUGCGGGCAAGAACUGCGCUUCAUCCAAGAGAUGGAAUCGGACUCUUUCUAUUACCCUCCCAAUGUGAUAAAAAACUACUGCAUGUGGAAAGUCUAUGGAGUCUGUGUAUGGAGCAUGAUGGAGCAAAUAUUUCCCGCAGCAUUGCGCACCAUAAAGAAAUUGUUGAAGAGCGAUAAACGCAAUUUCGGGAAGCAACUGCGCCACAUCCAAGCCAACAAAUUGAAGUUUGCCUGGUACUCUGAUGAGAUAGAAAACUACGUGAAAACGCGUGGCCGACUGUUGGCCAUGGUGGCAGCUAAAGGCCGCAAUGCGGCCAAGUACAGUCGCCAGCUGCAGUUGUUGGACAAAAAGGGGAAUCGUCGUCGUCGUUCGAUGAUCCGUGAAAUGCGCGAUCAUUGGCUUGAGCUGAUCAAAAUUGAACUCAUGUAA